AUGGGGACUGGAGGGGAGGCGGAGUGCCGUCGCAAGCCGGGGACCCUGUGGGCAGCCCUUCUGUUCGCGUCCACCACCCGGACAGACGUUCCCCAGCCUCGGCCCCAACACCAAGCCUACGCAGUCUGGUUUCCGGCUCUCAGGGGUCCCCACCGCCAUCCCUGCUCCCAAGCCACCUCCGCCGAGUCGGCGAGAGCGCCAGGGCAUCAGCGCCAAAGCCAGCCCCCGCCAGGGAGGCAGCCCCAAGGCCGGCCGCACCGGGCUCGGGGUGUGGGUGGGGAGCCCCGCGUACCUCGGCGGGAGGCGGGAGAGGAAGGCCGGAGCGCGACCGCCUCUGGUCCGCUCGCCGGGCUCGACUGGCAGCGGGCGGGGCUCCGCGCGGCUGGCGCCCGCAGGACCAGAAAAGUGACUCGGGAAGUGGCCAGAUGUCUUGCUGUCUGUCUACAGCGCGCGCCGCCGCUCAGCACUCGCCUUUAUAAUCUCACGCAUAAUUGGCCUUAA